AUGAGGUUAAUGGUUGUUGAAGUAUUUUAUUUUCGUUAAUAAUCAUGAGGUCUGCUCUAUUAAUACUAUUUCUAUAGCGCCCUCAAACGUGACGUGGCUUUCCUCUCUAGCCGGAAAUAAGACAGAUUUGCUUGUUUGCUGCUGAGCAGCUGAAGAAUUGCUAGAUCCGACAAUAAAACCCCAAGUUAAGGGAUAACAAUGGUGACAGACGUGCAGCUGGCCAUAUUUGCCAACAUGCUUGGCGUGUCAUUGUUCCUGCUGGUUGUGUUAUAUCACUACGUCGCUGUCAAUAACCCCAAGAAGCAGGAGUAGAGUCCCCCAAUAUGAUUUGAGGGGUGAGAUGGGAAUCAAAGCCAACACCUUCGAGACAAUAUUCCCCAUCUUCCCAUCCCCUUUCCAAGAGAUGAAUUUCUAUGUUAUGUUUGCAUAGUGUGUCUUUUCUAAUAAAAUGUGUGAAGUCCA